AUGAAAGAUGCUAUAAGUGGCGACGCGAAUGGCUUUCCACAAAAAUCAUAAAAUAUUCUUGAAAACAGCCUCUUCCUCCAACGCCUCUUCCCUGCAACCUUCCCUGAUUGUUAAUUGGAUCUUCAUGAGUUCAAAAACCACUGGAGCAUACUUGGUUUCCUGUGAAUCGGGAAACAAGAACAACCUCUUCUGCUGGAUUUUGGUCUGCUUGCUGCCGAAAUAUUUGGGAACUCCGUUUGCCUACAUUAACUUUCUCUUGAUUCAAGCCAUUGAUAGGAGUCCAUCAGCAGUGGGGGUAUUGGGGAACUUCGGGGCGAUUAAUCUAUUAUAGUCUUUGUUGGUUUUGGUCAUCAGCAUAUUUAGAUCCCUUAUUUUUCGUUGAGUGGUGAAAAAUGGUUUCCUCUCAGUUUUCUGGUUUCGCGUACAAACCAUUGCAGACUCAGUUUCUCUUUCCUGCGAACCUUCCUGAUUCAGUAAACACGGAUCAUAUUGAGCUAGAUUUCUCUGAUGUAUUUGGUCCAGUUGCGGUUCCGACCUCAGUAGAAGUGAAUAACGAUGAUUCCACUGAUGCUGAGCCUGCAGAAGAAUCAAGUGAGCUGGUUUAUGAUGACCCAGCUGUCAUUUACACCCGCUCACAUUCUCUGGUUGGCCCUUCUAGUUGUGUUAGUCAAUCUCUGAAGCUUGGCAAACUCACCAUACAUGAGACUGAGGAUUCAUUGGAACUAGUGGACCAUGUCACUCGGGAGAUCAUUAAAGACGUCAAAGAAUCUUCCUUUGACAAUGUUAUCAUCGAGGAAUCUUUGAAAGAUGAAGAUGGGAAUCUCAUGAAGAUCCAGAGAGUUAGCAUUGAAGAUUUUGAGAUUUUGAAGGUUGUGGGGCAGGGUGCAUUUGCAAAGGUAUACCAGGUUAGGAAAAAGGGUACUUCAGAAAUAUAUGCCAUGAAGGUAAUGCGGAAGGACAAAAUUGUGGAGAAGAAUCAUGCUGAAUACAUGAAGGCUGAGAGGGACAUUUUGACAAAGAUAGAGCACCCCUAUAUUGUACAACUCAGAUACUCUUUUCAGACAAAAUACAGAUUGUAUCUUGUUCUGGAUUUCGUAAAUGGGGGCCAUCUCUUCUUUCAACUUUAUCACCAGGGACUUUUCAGAGAGGAUCUAGCCCGCAUAUACGCAGCUGAGAUUGUUUCUGCAGUUUCGCAUCUCCAUUCAAAUGGAAUAAUGCACAGGGAUCUAAAACCUGAAAACAUCCUACUAGAUGCUGAUGGCCAUGUUAUGUUGACUGAUUUUGGCUUAGCAAAACAAUUUGAAGAGAGUACAAGAUCUAAUUCAAUGUGUGGAACAUUAGAGUACAUGGCACCUGAAAUUAUUCUUGGCCAGGGCCAUGACAAAGCUGCUGAUUGGUGGAGUGUAGGCAUCCUAUUGUUUGAGAUGCUUACUGGAAAGCCGCCCUUCUGUGGUGGGAACCGUGAGAAAAUUCAGAAGAAGAUAGUCAAAGACAAGAUUAAGCUGCCAGCAUAUUUGUCAAGCGAAGCUCAUUCACUGUUGAAAGGGCUGCUACAGAAGGAGGCAAGUAAACGCAUUGGUAGUGGACCUAGGGGGAUUGAGGAAAUUAAAGGCCACAAGUGGUUUAAACCAAUCAAUUGGAAAAAGUUGGAUGCACGAGAAAUCCAACCAAGCUUUCGACCUGAAGUAGCUGGGAAGCACUGUGUUGCCAACUUUGAGAAGCGCUGGACUGAUAUGCCUGUUGUGGACUCGCCAGCAGCCAGCCCAAAUGGUGGAAACCCCUUCAAGGACUUCUCUUAUGUGAGGCCUGCGGCAUCUUUUCUUCACAACAAUAGCCCUGCUUACUAACUUGACACCUUGCGUUGGCAUUGGCUUAAGAUGGAUGCACAUUUUCUAUAAUAGUUUUCUUCUUAUGAGGUAGUUGCAUGUAUUUGGGUGCGUGAACAGUGGUACAGUGUCACGGGAAUUCCCAACAAGGAACAUUUUCUUGUGACCUUAGAAGUUGUGUGAACUUUGCAGGUUGUGAGUUUCUUAUUUAGUGCCUUGCGGCUCUACAAUUGCGUUGAGCUGACUUGCUAGAACUUGUGAUGUGGAGAAAAUAAAUUGCUUUAUGCUAUACACUUUUAAAAAAUACGUAGU